AUGCUAAAGAGAAUCGCCAAAGCAAAGAACAACGCUUGGAAAAGAUGGCAACGAGAAUACGUACACAGUUUAAUGGAAAGCCAACGAGUAAACGGAAAGCCAGUUAACACGCCUGAAGUCGGUGAAGUAGUUUUAGUCGUGGGAGAAGAAAAGAACAGGAGCGAAUGGAAGAAGGGAAAGGUAGUGCGACAAGUCAAAGGAAAGGACGGAGUGGUACGCGGCGUGGUACUUUUACACAAGGGACACACUAUCGAAAGACCGUUACAGUUGGUGUGUCCACUCGAAAUUUGAUGCACAACGCAAAUAGAACAAAGAAAGAACGAGGAGAAGCAGACGGUUGAAAAUGAAAGGAAGAAACGGGGAGCAGCAAUUGAAGCAAGUAAGAAAAUACGCGAGCUAGCAGAAAACGAGGAUGCAGACUAAGCAGGGAACAGUAAAUGAGAACAGUUCACAUUGUGUUGACUUAUAAAAAUUAAGACUGAAUUUUUAGGGGAGUUGUGAACCGAAAUUAGUAUAGGCCACAUUAGGUGGCGUGACAAGGGGCGGGGACUUUUAUAAACAAGAUUGACAUUUUGAAGAAAGAGCAAAGUACUUAGAGUUGAUAGACAGAUAGUACAAAAACAACAUUGAGACUGUGAGACAUAUCGUGAUUCGUGAGACUGUGAGAAAUUUAAUAUAUUUUAGGUUUAAGUUUUGUAAGUUUUAUUUUUGGAUUUUCGAUUAAAUAAUUAAUAGUAUACUACGUGAGUAAUGAGUUCGGUAUAGUGUCAUAGAAAUAUUGACCUGUUUGAAUUUCUUUCGAUUUUAAAUGUUCUUUUAUCAAUACAUCCACUGCAGCUUUUUCAUCUAUUCGGCCUUAAGAGUACAUGUCAGCAAGAUUACCGUCAUAAAUGACGAGUGUGGACACAACAAUUAAUUGCACAGUCGGCUAAACCUGAAACUGAUUUAUUUAUCCGUCGUUCUUAAAGAAAAGUUGCUCAUGAUUUGUUGUCUGUUUUCAGGGAACAAUAAACAUGAAUAUAUAUUCUAUUCCAACGCAACACACAUUUCCUAUGUUUCUGUUGAUGGUGGCGAAUCUACGGCUGUUCUAUCGGCGCAAAGUGCAAACCUAGGUUACGAUGAACAGAACUAUCGCCUCUGGUAUUAUGAUACGGUUGCUGCUACACUCCAUAAGGCGAACUUAGACGCUAGCGGUUCGGAAACUGUUUCUGUUCCAUCAACCUUUGGUCAAUUUACAGUUGACGGCGUGAAUCAAAGUAUCUACUACCUGAACGACAACGACGACACCGUUAAAUCAAUUGAUUACAAUGGAAAUCACUUUCCAGAGAUUGCUGCAUUACAGGGCG